CCUAUCACUUUCUGGGUCAGCUUUAUAAAGCGUCCGCUGCUUUGCCUCAACUGCUCACUUUCCAUUCGGCAGAUGGGAUUUUCAAUCAAUCACUCUCAGCAAACCGACCAUGUUGAUCUCCGGAUUCAUUCUUACAUGUUUGACACUACCUUUGACCUUCUAUGGAAUCACAGCAUCCACUAUUAGGCCAUCCACUACCACCUCUUCAGCUGCACCACCAAAUGUCCUACAAGGAAACCAAACCUUUGAAAGUUCCAGAAGCUUUCCUCUCGAUGGCAUUGGCCAUGGAGAUGCCUACUGCAGUUAUCUGAUGAGCAUGCCAGAACCACUUCCUAUUGAAACUGUGCCCUGGUUCUGCCUCUGCAAAACUUGCAAAGGAAUAGAAGGUGCUAAAGGGGACCGUGGUGAUCCGGGUCCUCCAGGACGACCAGGAAGUCAAGGAAUCAAAGGGAAGAUGGGAAUUAGAGGUAAUCAAGGCUUACCCGGGCAAAGAGGUCUCAAAGGUGAGAAAGGAGAUGAGGGACCAAAAGGUGAUAAGGGGCAACCUGGAUUCCAAGGCUCUAAGGGUAGCACUGGGCUCAAAGGUGAAAAAGGAAUGUCAGGCAUUAAUGGAAUUCCAGGCAUAAGAGGCCCGCCAGGGCAACCUGGUCAGUGUCCGGCAGUUUGUGAAGGAGAGAAGGGCAGACCUGGAAAUCCAGGUUCUCCAGGGCCAUCUGGAGAAAGAGGAGAGCCUGGUUUGCCCGGUAUAGAGGGCAUAACUGGCCAAAAAGGUGAAAAUGGGGAGAAAGGCUCCACCGGUGAGCAAGGAUCCCCUGGACUGAAAGGAGAUCAGGGACAGAUGGGAGUAUGUGAGUGCAAAGAUGGGGAAAAGGGUAAUGAGGGAAAAAUGGGGCCACAGGGUCCUCAAGGAGAGCAAGGAGUUCAAGGUGUUGCAGGACCUCAGGGAUUGCCAGGGGACAGAGGGGAGAAAGGGGAUCAAGGAGUUAGAGGAGAACCAGGGCCAUGCACCCCUUCCAUCCAAUCUGCUUUUUCUGUAGCCCUAAAGAACAUCUACCCCAAGCCCAAUCUGCCAGUGCCCUUCACAACUGUGCUCUAUAAUGUCAUGGAGCACUAUAAUCCUAACAACGGGAUCUACACAGCACCUGUAAAUGGCACUUAUAUCUUCACCUACCACGUGACAGCUUUUCUCAGAGUGCUUAAGGUGGGCCUAUUUGUGAACUUCCAGGGUAUUGUAAAAAGCACAGAGGAAAAUAACAUGGGUCAGACCUCUCAGAUGGUGGUACAACACCUUCAGGCUGGUGACCAAGUCUGGAUACAAGUGAAAGAUACCGCCAACAAUGGCAUGUUCCAGAACACUGAAAGCAGUAGCACUUUCAGCGGUUUCUUGCUGUUCCCAGACAGUUGCGACUCAUCAGAGAGUCGCAGUUUCCCACAAACACCUCCCAGAGAAUAUUACGCCUGGGAAGGAUCUGGGGACGACAAUGAAGUCCCUGAAGCUACUGACCCUUCUGAUAGGGUUCACUCCACUACUACCACUAACAUCAAUGAGACACCUCAAUUUUAAAUGUCUUGAUUGCUUACUCUCCCCCUUGCCCUAUUGCUGCUUUGCUUAAAGGAGGCCUUCCUCCCUCCCAGAGUUUCUCAUUUCAAGGGCUCCUUUGACCACAGAAGAUGGUGCGAUAGGAGCCUGCUUGGGAAAGGUUCUGUAGGUUGCAAUGUAUAUAGUGGGCCAGGAGAAUAACCACAUGAUACCAUGUAUUACCCAGUUAAGGUUUGCUCGUUAUACGAUGAUCAUUAAAAUUUACAACACAAAACCUUAUAGCCAAUUGAAAUAAAUCUGAAAUAAUCAUGUAACCAUAACAGCCAAAAACAUUGUACACUUUCCACAUCUAGAUUUUUACUGGAGUUCUUACAGGAGCACUAGCAAAGCAUUUAAUUUGCAUAUUGUAAAUGUUUAGAAGUCUAAUGCUCACUGAAAAUAUACCCCACAAGGCAGAAAAAAGUUGCAUUUUAAAUUUUCUUACUUUUACCAAGAAUUUUAAAGCUAACAUACUAUUGGAUUGUAAAUGGCAUACUUCAAAUAAUAACACACCACAUAUGUUCAUCUUUAAGGAUACCUUGUAGGACAGAUCAGCAGGUCAAUUCAGUUUCAUGCAUGAGUUCCCAUAAGAAUCUUGAAUCAGAAACACUAAUGACAGUUUUUAAACCCCUUUGUAUAUCUUUUCUGAAAUUCAUGUUUUUUUUAUCACUGUAUGGAAAUUAUACUUUCUUGUUAAAAUCAUGUACAUUAAACUAUAUUAUACAACAUGC